CUCAGUAGCUCAGUAGCGCGCGAUCUUGCAACACGGACACGUGCUUUUGUCAUCAUAAUCACAAUCACGAGUUCUUAAACUCGACAACUUUUUUAGUGAGGAAAAUAACUUACAGCUUACAAAUUACUUACUUAAAAUUUUUUUUCCAACUUGCUCAAUCUUUUUUUUCCCUCGUUAUACUUAAACUUUUUUAUGUUUAAUGAAAAGGCUCUGACGCCCUUAACGGUCUAAUGAUGCUUAGUUACGGCAAAGAUUUUGAAGUUACUGCAGAUCAAAAUGUGAAUAAUGAAUUUCCCAAAACAUUUGAUUCAAAUCUUGAUAUUUUUACACGGAUUUUAGGAGUUUCUACAGCGAUCGUUGUAUGCGGAGUUGGCGCAGAUGUGGCUUAUCAUCGACACAUCAUGGGUUAUUACGUUACAGUCGCGUCUGCUAUGAUUUUCUUCCUCGAGAUUACUUGGGCUAUCACGCUCUUCGUACAGAUAUGUUUUAGGAAUGAAGAGGCUUAUUGUUCGCGUUGUUGGUCCUACGUUUUGACAAUAACGAAAGGCUGGAGACGAGCUUUGUUUUACCUUCCGCUGUCGAGUAUUUUGGCAUGGAAACCCCACAACUUGUGGCUCUCUUUUGUCGCUGCUGGGCUUCUAGCUGGGUUGUCGUUAUUACACAUAAUUUCGAGCUUAUUGAGCCAGCGUAAACCUAAUCGGCCUAGUAAUGAUUCAUUGGGCGAGAGAUUAUUGAAUGCCAGACCUGAAAUUUACGAUCGAUUCGAAGAAGUUUUAGUCACAGAAGUAUUAGACGAUGGAGUCGGAGGAGCAAUGGGGCGAGUAGGAGAUAGUGACGGGGAAAUAUGACACGAAAGACAGCCCUCGUGGGCUAGCGAAACUGACGAAGACAGUGAACCUGAACAAAGGACUUGUCAAAUUGCCACCUUGUCCUAGUUGCAUUAAUUAUAAAUAUAUAUAUAUAUAUUUAUAUUUAAUUAUCACGCAUGACCAUCGGCUAUUAAAAGAAAUAAAAUAAACAACUGGGGUGGAAAUAAAUGUGAAAUAUUUUCCAGAAUAAUUGUCAAUUGCAAUUUUAAUGAACUCGAGUUCAUUUAAAAAUAAAAAAAAAUUAUACAUAAUAAAGAUAAAAAAAAUAUAUGAAGAUAAAUAAAAUUUUUAUAAAAUAUAUGGAGGAAAUAAUUGAGACUUUUUUUUUAGCG